AGUGUGUGUGUGGCAUGCGAUAACAGACAAGAGACUGAGGCGUGUUCAUGUUUCACGGAUGUUACCGGGAGGAAAAGAAGAGAAGAAGUGGAUUCUUUCUUUGGUUUUAUGUCCUCUGUGGAUGUGACUUUAUGAGCAGGACACGACGGAGUGCCGCUGCUGCUGGCGGGGUUUAAGGGGUCCUUGCUAGCUGUUGAAUGGCACUAGUUUUUUUUGGGUGCUCUUUUUAAGUGGCGUGUCUUUAAUUGUGUUUUUUUUUAAAACGUGAACGCAUUUUUAUCAGUGUGAAGUGAAAGCUAUCGUCGGUGAAACGCGCUGAAAGGCACAGGGAGGUUCAGCUCAGGCGCGGCCAGGCAAGCCAACAAUGCGGAUUACCUCUUGACUGUUUUGCCUUUGUGUCAAUAGACUUGUUUGUGUAAAGUUGAGACAACACUCACAGGACGAACAACCCGGAGUCAUUCUUCAAUUAUCAGUGUGUUUUAUUGGCUGAAGAGGACCGACAGUACGUUGAUUAACCCCCACAUGUGCACAGGUUGUCUGUGAAGCAGCACUGGCUGAAAACAGAGCAACAGGGACAAUAACGAUGGCCAACGACUCUAUUCAAAGUGACCCAGACGGGCUGUCGGUUCUGGAGCAGCUGGGUCUGGACCAAAACUCGGACUUCUCAGACUCCAGCGUACAGCAGCUUCUGGACGAGCAGCGCGAGAGGAUCCGCAGAGAGAUCCGCAAGGAGCUGAAGAUCAAGGAAGGAGCUGAGAACCUGCGCAGGGCAACUACUGACAAGAGGAACGCACAGCAGGUGGACAGCCAGCUGCGAACCUCCAACCGUAGACUGGACAGUCUGCAUGCUCAGUUGCAGGAGCUGGAUGCUCACAUUGUGGUGAAAGGAGGUGAUGAGAAUAAAGAUGAGUGUCCUCAGUCUCCAGGGGCAGAGAGUCGAACAUCAGCCCACAAGGAACGCAUUGCUGCCCUGGAGAGACAGCUCAACAUCGAGCUCAAAGUCAAACAGGGAGUUGAGAACAUGAUCCCCAUCUACUCCAAUGGAUCCACCAAGGAUAAGAAGAUGCUACAAACAGCACAGCAUAUGCUGCAGGACAGUAAGACCAAAAUUGACAUCAUCCGCAUGCAAAUCCGCAAGGCUGUACAGGCCACUGAGCACAAUGAUGACACACAGGGUAACCAGGACCUGUGUGGGAUGGAGCUACGAAUAGAAGAGCUGAGACAUCACUACAGGGUUGAACAUGCUGUCGCUGAGGGGGCCAAAAACGUACUCAGGCUCCUGGGGGCCAACAAGGUCCAGGACAAGAAAGCCUUGUCUGAGGCACAGUCUCGUCUGAGUGAGGCGUCUCAACGCAUGGACCUCCUGAGAGACUCUCUUGACCACCGUCUAGCAGAGCUGCCAGAGGACCAUCCCAAGGCCAACGUCAUCAAAGAGGAGCUGGUCCUGGCCUCCUCCCCUGCAUUCAGCUCACGCCAUGGCGCCCCCUACCUCCACAACCAGUACAGCACCCUCAACAAGCCCUCACCUCUUACUGGCACCUUACAGGUGCAGGUGCUAGGCUGUGUGGGGUUGUUGGAGGUGGUCCCAGGACGCAGUAAAGGGACAGCUGUCAUGCUACCCUGCUACAGCCCCGGGGACACCAGGUCUUUCAUGAGGGGCAGCAAGGGACUGUACGGGCGGAGCGGCUCAGUCAGUGGAAAAACACCUAGCAAAACAGAGGAGCUUUCCUCGGAAGUAAGUGCAGUGCUAAAGCUGGAUAACACAGUGGUGGGCCAGACGGCUUGGAGGACUGUGGGAGAACAAGCCUGGGACCAGACCUUCACUGUGGAACUGGAAAGGACAAGGGAGAUGGAGAUUGCCGUCUACUGGAAGGACUACCGCUCACUGUGCGCUCUUAAGUACCUGAAGCUGGAAGAGUUCCUGGACAACCAGAAACACAGAGUUCAGCUGGAGCUGGAGCCUCAGGGUCUGCUGCUGGCCGAGGUCACCUUCUUUAACCCAGUCAUUGAGAGAGUUCCUCGUCUCCAGAGGCAGAAAAAGGUCUUUUCUAAGCAGCAAGGCAAGGCGUUCCUUCGAGCUCGACAGAUGAACGUGGAUAUCGGGACGUGGGUGAGGCUGCUUCGGAACGCCAUUCCUACUGUCAACAACUCAGGAACUUACAGUCCCAAUGCACACAGCCUCACACUCAAUGCUGGGGAGAUCUCAGUGGAGAAGUUGAGUCUGGACAGCGACUCUCCGAUAAGAGGCGAUUACAAGAGAGACGUGGAAAUACACACCCCGGAUCGACUGCCAGUCAUCGAGCCCUUCUCCCCCCCAGAUCUCACCCCUGAGUGCCCUGUCCGAACCCCAUCAGUUGGCAGUAAGCAGAAGAAAGGCCCUCUUUCCCUGCAGGACUUCAGGCUGAUUGCUGUGUUGGGCAGAGGACACUUUGGGAAGGUGUUGUUGUCAGAAUACAAGAAGACAGGCACGAUGUACGCCAUCAAAGCCCUGAAGAAAGGAGAUAUCAUCGCUCGAGAUGAGGUGGAAAGUCUAAUGUGCGAGAAGCGCAUCUUUGAGGCCGUGAACAUGUCGCAGCAUCCCUUCCUGAUCAACCUGUUUGCGUGCUUCCAGACACCAGAGCAUGUGUGUUUUGUCAUGGAGUACACUGCAGGAGGCGACCUUAUGAUGCACAUCCACACUGACGUCUUCACAGAGCCACGAGCCGUGUUUUAUGCAGCCUGUGUGGUUCUUGGACUUCAGUUCCUCCAUGACAAUAAAAUUGUGUACAGAGACCUCAAGCUUGACAACCUGCUGCUAGACACAGAUGGUUAUGUGAAGAUCGCUGACUUUGGACUGUGUAAAGAAGGAAUGGGUUUUGGAGAUCGGACAAGCACAUUCUGUGGGACACCAGAAUUUUUAGCCCCCGAGGUCCUAACUGAUACGUCAUACACAAGAGCAGUAGACUGGUGGGGACUGGGGGUCCUUAUCUACGAAAUGUUGGUGGGAGAGUCUCCUUUCCCAGGGGAUGAUGAGGAGGAGGUGUUCGACAGCAUUGUGAAUGAUGAAGUCCGCUACCCACGCUUCCUCUCCACUGAGGCAAUUGGCAUCAUGAGAAGGCUGUUAAGGAGGAACCCCGAGAGACGACUGGGCUCUGGUGAGAAGGAUGCGGAGGAGGUGAAGAAGCAGCCAUUUUUCAGGAACAUAGACUGGGAGGGCUUGCUCCAAAGGAAGGUCACCCCUCCAUUCAUGCCCUCCAUUGGCAGUAAGGAAGAUGUCAGUAACUUCGAUGAAGAGUUCACCACUGAAGCGCCGACACUCACACCUCCACGUGAGCCACGUGUACUCUCCCGCAAAGACCAGGACAGCUUCCGAGACUUUGACUACGUGUCUGACCUCUGCUAGUGGGUCGUCGGCUCGCAGAACUCAAGGAAUGUUCAAUAUUGAAGGCUUUGCAACGGUUUUGUCAGAGCAGACCGUUUCUACAGAUCGUCUGAUUGUUAAUUACACUGUGAAUGAAUGCGGAGAGGCCGAAGGCAGUCGGUCUGUGUUUUGUGUGUCUGCAAGGUUUUAAAGAUAUGGACUGAGAAAAUAAAAAGAGGGGACAUGGCAGAUGGUGUAAAAUGUUUGAUGGACAAAUACGCGACAGUUGAUGUGUCCCCUCUCCAAUCACUUUAAAACACACCAGUGACAUUAGCCUUUAAAAUGCCUCCUCCCAUCCUCCUACGUGUCAGUGUGGUCACCUGUGCAGCUGUGAGAGGAGGAUCUCGCUGUCUCUUUGUACUGUCGACUGUUUAGAGGUUGUUCAACACCUCACAUACCAAUGCCUUACAUUUGUAUUUGUAUUUUAUCCACAGAAGAAGAAAAAAAGUUUGUUUUUAUUUUGUGGCUCUUGGUGUAAAGCAGCAGGAAGAGUGAUUUACUCGUCAGAAGAAUUUGUGACAUGCAGAGUGAAUUUGUACUCAAAGCUUAUGACGAUGACCCUAACAUUGAGUCAAGCUGACUGAUGUUAGGUGAAAUUUGAGUUAACUACGGGGUAAAGAACCACUGUCUUACUUCACUGCCAUGGACUUUUCUUUGGACUUAUACCAACUACCUUUUUAAAAUGUGUGUUUAGAUUUUAAUUUCUGUGAGAAAACAACAAUUUACAAAUGAGUCAUAUUUGAUGACAAUUUACUCUUGAAUGCAUUAUUCAAUACCAUGCACAUACAUACAAUUGGGUAUUAUACAUAAUUUGAUUUUUGAUUUUUUUAAGUGCUUUGUUAGUUCAUUCACAAGCACAAAAUGACACCUAUCAGCACUAAAGCUAUGUGGCAUGCAAGUUUUUCCUUUUUUUUUAAAUGAAAAAAAUUAAACACUAAGACUUGCUGUACAAGUAACAGAUUGUCGAUUAUGAGUUUUAGACUCAUCCAUCCAGUUAUCUAGAUGCUACCAGAGUUUUGUGGACAUGAAAUAAGUAAUUUCCCUCCAAGACGAUGAUAUCUGGCUUUGAAACUCAUCAAACACUGGCUGUAGCAACUGUGUUAGUGUUAAUGUCAGUUUUUAGAGCUUAAAAUCUAUCUGUUGUGGUCAUUAUAAGGUUUGGUUUUCAUCACAAGGAUGAAAUCGUCUUUGAUUCCGUUGAAACCAAUUGAUAUCUUAGUGCUUUUGGAAACACAGUACAACCAAUUAGAGCUCGCCGCUUUAGAUCUUAGCUAAAAAUGUUCUCUUGGCAAUACAUUUUUAUGAACAACAAUAUCAUAGAGACUCAUAAAUGUUGGAAAAUAUGAGCCAGUGGUAUAAGCCUUGUUGGCCAUGUAGUGGAGAUCAGUCCUCUGUAAAACAUUUCUGAGAACAGUAGAGGUUUGUUGUGAAGCUGUAUGUAUGACAGUGUGGAUUUUACUUAUCUUGUGUACGACAAUACAAAACCAUGUGAGAGUAUGAGAUGACUUAUUUUAUAAAGAAAACCUGGAGUGAA